AUGGAGACCGGCAGCCCGCGGCCCCCGAGGCCCAGCCCCAGCGCAGGGCUGAGCCUGGACGCAAGGCUGGGCGUGGACACGCGCCUCUGGGCCAAGGUGCUGUUCACGGCCCUCUACUCGCUCAUCUUCGCGCUGGGCACGGCGGGCAAUGCGCUGUCCGUGCACGUGGUGCUGAAGGCGCGGGCCGGGCGCCCUGGGCGCCUGCGCUACCACGUGCUCAGCCUGGCGCUGGCGGCGCUGCUGCUGCUGCUGGUCAGCGUGCCCAUGGAGCUCUACAACUUCGUGUGGUCCCACUACCCCUGGGGCUUCGGUGAUCUGGGCUGUCGUGGCUACUACUUCGUGCGUGAGCUGUGCGCCUACGCCACGGUGCUGAGCGUAGCCAGCCUGAGCGCAGAGCGCUGCCUGGCUGUGUGCCAGCCGCUGCGCGCCCGCCGCCUGCUCACCCCGCGCCGCACUCGCCGCCUGCUGUCGCUGGUCUGGGUCGCCUCACUGGGCCUUGCCCUGCCCAUGGCGAUGAUCAUGGGACAGAAGCAUGAGGUGGAGAGUGCCCAUGGGGAGCCCGAGCCCGCCUCGCGCGUGUGCACCGUACUGGUGAGCCGCGCCACACUCCAGGUCUUCAUCCAGGUGAAUGUGCUGGUAUGCUUCGUGCUCCCCUUGGCGCUCACGGCUUUCCUGAACGGGGUCACUGUCAACCACCUGAUGGCCCUCUACUCCCAGAUACCCUCAGCUUCUGCCCAAGUCAACUCUAUGCCCAGCCGCCUGGAGCUCUUGAGUGAGGAAGGCCUCCUGGGCUUCAUCGCGUGGAGAAAGACCUUGUCCCUGGGGGUCCAGGCCAGCCUGGUGAGACACAAGGAUGCCAGCCAGAUCCGCAGCCUCCAGCACAGCGCCCAGGUUCUCAGAGCCAUUGUGGCUGUGUAUGUCAUCUGCUGGCUGCCGUAUCAUGCCCGCAGGCUCAUGUACUGCUACAUCCCGGAUGAUGGGUGGACUGACACACUCUAUGAUUUCUACCACUACUUCUACAUGGUGACCAACACGCUCUUCUACGUCAGCUCGGCAGUGACCCCAGUCCUCUACAAUGCUGUGUCUUCCUCCUUUAGAAAGCUCUUCCUGGAGUCCCUCAGCUCCCUGUGUGGUGAACAGCCCUUACCCCAAGAAACCCCAGAGUCACCUCCUAGUACAUACAGUUCCCGGCUUUGGGGAUCACCAAGAAACCCCAGCCUGGGCGAAAUACAAGUAUGA